GUCAGUCGGAAGUGGCGGUUGGUCGGUUCAGUGAGGGUAGUUAGAGAGUGAGAGUUCUCAGUGACCCCCGCGGAUCCUGAGCGCAGAGACAGAAGAGAGUGUGACAGCCGUUAUAUGUGAUCCCCGGGGGAAACCGCCGGGCUCUGCCGCCGCCGCCGCAGUGACUGAGUGACUGCCGUGUCCAUGGAGCCGGAGCGGCUGCCGGGCCGGGCGGCAGAGGGGCCGGAGGAGGCCGCUGCUGCCGCUCCUCUGCUGCCGGGUCUGGGCCCAUGAGUACAAGCGGAGGCCGCGGCGGCGCGGUUGCUAUGGAGCCCCUGGAGGCCUUGUUCAGCCCCGAUGUUGGAGUCGGUGAUGGCCCCGGGCCCGGCUCCUUCUGGACGGCGGUGUUCGACUACGAGGCGAGCGCCGAGGACGAGCUGAGCCUGAGGCGGGGCGAGCGGCUGGAGGUGCUGUCGACAGACGCCAAGGUGUCGGGCGAUGACGGCUGGUGGACGGGAAAGAUCGGCGAGAGGGUCGGCAUCUUCCCGGCCAACUACGUGACCCGGCAGUCGGCCCGGAGCCGAGCCCCGGCGGCUGAGCUGUCGGGACAGGCCGGGGGCGCCCAGCAAGCGGCAGCCGCCGCCACCGAGAUCGAGUUUAGCCAGCUGACCCUGCAGGAGAUCAUCGGGGUCGGCGGCUUCGGCAAGGUGUACCGGGGCAUCUGGAAGGGGCAGCCCGUGGCCGUCAAAGCCGCCCGCCGGGAUCCCGACGAGGAGGCGGGCGCUACGGCCGAGAGCGCCCGCCGUGAGGCCCGGCUCUUCGCCAUGCUCCAGCACCGUAACAUCAUCGCCCUGCGGGGCGUCUGCCUGCAGGAGCCCAACCUCUGCCUGGUCAUGGAGUACGCGCAGGGUGGGCCCCUAAACCGGGCCCUGGCCGGGCGCCGCAUCCCACCCAGCACCCUCGUCAACUGGGCCGUGCAGAUCGCCCGCGGUAUGUGCUACCUGCACGCCGAGGCCAUCGUGCCGAUCAUCCACCGGGACCUGAAGUCCAGCAACAUUCUGUUACUUGAGAAGAUUGAACAUGAUGAUAUCGCCAACAAGACAUUGAAGAUCACUGACUUUGGCUUGGCCAGGGAGUGGCACAAAACAACCAAGAUGAGUGCGGCAGGAACAUAUGCUUGGAUGGCCCCUGAGGUUAUCAAAUCAUCCAUGUUUUCCAAAGGCAGUGAUGUCUGGAGCUAUGGCGUUUUGCUGUGGGAGUUACUAACUGGAGAAGUACCUUAUCGUGGAAUUGAUGGUCUUGCAGUAGCAUAUGGAGUAGCUGUUAACAAAUUAACCCUUCCUAUUCCAUCCACGUGUCCUGAACCAUUCACCAAGCUCAUGGAAGAAUGUUGGGAUCAGGAUCCUCACGUCCGUCCAAAUUUUGCUACCAUUUUGGAACAACUCACUGCUAUCGAGGCCACAGUCAUAACAGACUUACCCCAGGAAUCAUUUCACUCCAUGCAAGAUGAUUGGAAAAUGGAAAUACAGCAAAUGUUUAAUGAGCUGAGGACAAAGGAAAAAGAGUUGCGAUCACGAGAGGAGGAGCUGACGAGGGCAGAGCUCCAGCAGAAGUCCCACGAAGAGCUGCUAAAGCGACGGGAACAACAGCUGGCAGAGCGGGAAAUUGAUGUGUUAGAGCGUGAGCUGAACAUUCUCAUCUUCCAGCUGAAUCAAGAAAAACCAAAAGUGAAGAAAAGAAAAGGCAAGUUCAGGAAAAACCGGCUAAAGCUAAAAGAUGGAAAUCGAAUCAGUUUGCCUUCAGAUUUUCAGCAUAAGAUCACUGUUCAAGCUUCUCCAACUCUCGACAAAAGGAAAAGUUUGAAUGGCAGCAGUUAUAGUCCACCAAGCAGCCCUACCAUUAUCCCAAGACUAAGAGCUAUACAGCUGAGCUCCAAAACAGAUGCAAUCAAUUCCAUCGGCCACCGCAACAGUAUAUAUGUAUACCACCAGGAUGUCGAUAUCGCAAGUGAAUAUACAAGCAAAUCCCUGUGUAGGGCUAAGACAAAAGUUACCCUUGAUGAAAGCAAUAGGACCUGGGGUAAAAGCACCAUAUACCGACAAGAAGAUUAUGAUGAAGAAGUGCAGAAAGCUUGCAAAAAGAAAGGGCGAACUUGGGGACCUAGUUCUAUGCAAACAAAGGAGCGGGCCAGUUGUGAGGAAAGGACAAGGCCUUUAUCAGAUGGAAACAACCCAUGGUCUACAAGUUUGUUGAAGACUCCAACUUUACCUCUAACUUCAGUUUUUGCAAAUGUUACUGACCAUGGGAGCACUUCUGAACAGACACGAGCAACUGAAGACUAUGAAAAUCGACCAAAGCAGUCCAAAUUACCUAACCAGGUGUAUAUUGAUCUACCUCUUCGUAAAGAUCAUCAGGGAGAGGGAGAUGGUGACAGUGAAAGUCAGGAGGAGGUGACACCAGUCAGUUCAGCCAACAGCACCCCACAGGUCACUCCCACAAAUAGCCUGAAGCGAUUAACACAGAGGAAGAAAACUGAUAUGGUAUUAUACGGGUGUGCUGUGCUGCUUGCAUCUGUGGCCUUGGGAUUUGAUGUCAGAGAAGUGAAUAAAUCACAGGUUCCAGAGGAAUUUGAGGUCAAAGAGGAGAAGAAGAAAAAAGAGGGCCUCUUUCAGAGAACCAGCAGGUUCCGCAGAAGCACAAGUCCUCCCAACAGGACCGUAUCCAGGAAGGAAGAGACUAACAUUCCCUCACUAAAUUCCCACGCUGUUAAUCUCUUGUCAGUGUCUUCCAUUUCCAAUUCCACAAGGUCCUUGCUCCGAUCAGACAGUGAGGAUACAUCCAUUUAUAACAUGCCUGGCACGCCAAACAGUGUCAUCCAUAGACCAGAAUUCUUGACUGACAAUCCUCCAAAUGGCUCUGUGAAUGGAGUACACAAGGAUCUGGAUGAAUCUCCUUUGUCGGACUCAGACGCACCAGUUUUUAUGUGUCUAACUGAAUCCAGUGCGAUGCCAGCAAAGGGAGCUGCUAACCCCAGUAUAACCUGCUGUGGCCAGCUAUCAUCAGAAGAAAGUCCAGCCACCAAUGGAGUUUCUGACUCCAGCCCUCAGAGAGAGUUCCCGCGUCUUCCAGAUCCCAGAACCAUUUAUCCAAUAUCUGCGAGACGACGAACCCCAAAAAGGGAUCCAACGCCCGAGAGACCAAAAUCUGGCGACAUGGUACCAAGGCCUCGGCCUUCUUUGUCCCGAGUAAGAAUGGACCCCUGGCGACUUGUGUCGCAGUUGAUCAGACAAGAUGUGUCAUUAGAAAGUACAGGAGAUGUCACGGUGACUAGUUCAGAUGUAGCUCUUACCACCGAGUGCCAAUCCAGCUUGCCCUUUGGUGCCUGCUCUCUCCUGGACAUGGACAUGGAAGGCCAGAGCCAGGAUGGCACAGUACCCCUCUGCAGAAGUGAAUCGAAGCCUUGCAGACCAAGUGACUUUGAACUGGAGAGAGAGUUUCUGUCUUAGCACUCACUGCCUUGGAUACAAGACCAUGCAAACAUAACCCUUUCAGAUUUGGGAGCAAAGAUUUAUGAAUGCAAUGAACUUUACUUGGAAAAAGAAAUGUGAACAGAAUGUAAUUUGUUUCAGGUUUUGCGUGACACUUUCUUACUGUAGAUCCAUGAGGUUGCAUCUGAUUGGAACAGAUGAAAAGUAUCUUCUCAUUACUUUGUCCUCGUCAUAAAUACCUGACUCGCAAUUCCUGGAUCCAAGCAGGAUUUCAUCUUGGAUCACUGGUACAGAAGGACUGUUUAUCCUGUACCUAGUUCUGGCUCUCAUAUUUGGUAAAGCAAGUGCAUGUUGCUGACAAACACAAGAUCAAUCUAAUGCAUGUGGAACUGGAGGACCAGUUUUACAUGUAGCCCUUGGUAUGUUGCACUUUGAAUGUUCUGAACACAUCAAAAAUGUACCUGAGGUCAUUACGUGUCCAUUGCAUAUUUAAAUUGAGAGUCUAAUCAGGUAUUUUGAGUCAUUUGUUUAAAACAAAAAUGAGUCUUCAAUCUUUUUUGCAUUGAACCUCUACUGUGGUCCAAGAUCUUUUAUACACAUAAUUGACUGUUUAUGAAUAACUUAGAUUCUAGCUGUUAAUCUUAACUCUUUAUUUCUCUGACCGAAUGAGUGCCCCCUUUGACUGUCCCUCCAUAUAGUUACUUUCUCAAAUGUUGAUUUUUGUGAUCAUCACUAUGCAAAAUCAAUUUAAAUGCUGCAGUUUUCAUCACAUUUUAUUAACAAUAUGUCCAUAAAGACCAGAGGCUGAUGAAACUGACGUAUUGCACAGAUUGUCAAUUAUCAUGUUUUCAAAAAUAAAUAAAUCCGCUCAGCACUCCCCCCAGCGUCCACCCACUUCUCCCUUUAAAUGUGCUUUGUGGCGCAAAGUCCUUCUGCUGAGCCACAGAGCCUAGCCAUGUCUCAGGUUUUUUUUUCCUGGUCUCUACUGACUUAACUGCUUUCAGCAUUGGGGUGCAACAAGAGACAGUGUCAUCCCUGGCUUUGCACUUGUCAUACAUCACCAAGUGCUAACGUUCCAAGGAUGGGACUAGAAGAGAAUAUUGUGUCCUCGCAAUCAGAUGACCCGCCAGCACUUACACUUCAUUCAGGCCAAAAUUAUGGCGUAUUGGACAAAGUAAUAGAGUGAAAAGUAAAACAAGUUGCUGGAAAAGCUCAUCAGGUCUGGCAGCAUCUGUGAAAAGAAAUCAGAGUUAAUGUUUUGGGUCUGGUGACCAUCCCUCAAAGUAAUUGAAAGUGAAUCAGAUGCCUACAGAACUGUAUCCUACUGAAGGUAUGGUCACCUUCAAGAAAGAAUGAACAGAGGUGGGGAGAUAAAAGCUGUAAAUUGCACUCUAAGUCAACAAAGGGACACUAAAGUUUUGUUCAGUAAUACAUUAGAUAGUAAUUUUGAGUAUUAAUUGGAACAAACUUCAUUGGAACAUAUUCAAAAGGAACAAAUAUGCUGAGACAUUGCUGCUUAGACCUAAAGACUUAACUUGGAACAAUUUGUCAGGAACUAUGCCUGUUUGAGGAGAUUUAAGAGGACUGUGAUAUAAAUUGACAGACUGUGGGAUUAAGGGCUCAUUUUUUAGAAGUUGAAUUCAGAAAUUUGUCGCACAUAUACAUUAAAGUCACAACGCCAAUGAUUUUUAUAAUUAAUUUUACUGUUCAAAACCACAGUAAAAGCUACAAACACUGGAAUGAGUUGAUAUUGUUUUUACAGUGCACCCUUAAAUUUGAGGGCGGGCUGCGGGAGAAGGCUUAUGUGAAAAGCUCAUGCAGGGUGAUCACAUCACCUUUGAUUUACACUUAUCGGCCUUCCUGUUAACUUGAUCUAUUCUGUCAAUACUGUGGUGGUCCACUAAGCAACUUAAACUUUGAAAACAACUCGUAUUAGCAUGUGUAAAAUAUUCUGCUGCUAGUUUUCAACUUGUGACAAACCUCCUUGAAAAGUGCAUUUACUUGCAAAAUAUAAUUCAUUUGCUGAAGGCGUUCUCUUUACAAAACUCCUGACCAUUUUGAACACCGAUGCCUUUUGUGCUGUAUAGUGCUGGCUGAUUUACAACCCUGUGCUCAAUUCAGCUGUUUCCCAAUACCUAGUUGCCUUAAGACAUUUGUUGAACAAGAUUCUUCAGGGCACAAUGGAAUGUUAUUCCAAAAUCCUUUGAGGAGUAUUUCCCCAGAGUUUUAUAGUUUUCAUUGUGAUGUGACAUGGUUAUUCAAAGACAGUUACUUCAUUAGCAUGUCUUGAAGAUAGUUCCAUUCUCUUCCCAGUAGAUGGUCAACUCUGGAUAUUACACAACAAAGUAUAAAUUAUUAGAUGCCAAAGUACUGAACAAAGGCCAGUCCUGUAGUUAAGGUCUGGAUUUGGCUUAGAUUUUUUAAAUCCAGAUGUGGUACUACAAAGCUGGUGUCCCAGAGCAAAAAGGUAUGCUGUUGAAGCUUUUCAUCUCUCGCUCAUCAGGACAAAUGCAAGAAUGCCAAAUUUCAAAGAGAGAAACAAUUUCUUUUGGAGAAAACUGUGCUGAUUUGACGUCAACUUGCAAACAAUUGACACUAUUUUUGUACACUAUAAAUUGUUUCUCUGUGAAAUUUGGCACUAUUGCAUUUGACCUGAUUUGAAUACAAAAUGUAAAGCUUCAGGUCUUUUUCAGCAGUGUCCCUUUUGUUAUCAUUGAGUUUUUCUGAUUUGUUAAGCUUAAAAAUACAUUUUCUGAUCAUUUCUUUAGCCUCAUGAGCACCUUUGACAACUCUGUGGAUGUCCUGAGCUGGCUCGGUUACUUUGUGCUUCAGUUCGAGGUUGUGACUGUUUUACCCCUCUUUCUUCCCCCCCCCCCCCCCCCCC